AUGAAGGGUCUGCGUCUGAAGAACCGCUCCUCUCGUUGCGCCAAGGACCGGCCGCCAUCGCUCGGCCCCGUUGACUUUGAGAUACGUGCACUUGGCGGGGGUAAAACAAGUACCUUGCUAUUCCACGAACUGCCUCCGAAAAGCGAAACAACUCACCAGAACCGUAUAAGGGAGUUGCACGAGGAAAUCAGGUGCCUGAGCAACGAGGUGGCCUACUACAAGGCUCUUACGGACGAGGCGCUGUCGCGGAUCCUGCCCGUUGUUCAGUUCCAUGCGCGCGACUUGCACGACGCCGUCCAGCGAUGCAAUGCAAAGCUCGACACUCUUCUAUCCGAAAGAUACAACGAGGAGCCGGUAGACAUUUGGAGCGUCGAGCGUUGA